AUUUUUGAUGGUAGUGAUUGAGUUGCUCUCGUAUGGAUCGACAGACUGGUUUAAGAACGGUUGUUGCAAGGUUAACAAAAAUAUUUUCUUAAUAAAAAUAGAAAAAUAUAAAUAAGUGCAAUGUUUGUGAAUCAAUUGCGUCGCGUGUUUACUAAAAAUUGUUAUUACAAUAAUGUAAAUACUAUUAGGGUUAUUGCUUGUUAUUCCACAACCGGUAAAGCAUCCAACAAAAAAAUUUACGCCAGUGCAACUGAAGCUGUAGCCGAUGUAAAUGAUGGCUCCAUGAUUUUCUUUGGUGGAUUUGGCAUUGUUGGUAUACCAGAAAAGUCCAUUGAGGCACUUAAAGAGAAAGGUGUAAAGAACAUCACUGCGGUUACUAAUAAUGGAGGUGUUGAAGAUUGGGGUCUAGGAAAACUUAUCCGACAAAGGCAAGUAUCUAAAAUGAUUGCUUCCUAUGUAGGAGAAAAUGCUGAUUUAGUGAAUCAAUAUUUGGCUGGGGACUUAGAUGUCGAAUUGACGCCUCAGGGAACAUUAGCAGAAAAAAUAAGAGCUGGUGGUGCAGGCAUACCAGCUUUCUUUACACCUACCGGCUAUGCUACUCUGAUACAAAAUGGCGGAGCACCGAUACGUUACAACAAAGAUGGUACUGUAGCUAUUAAAAGUGAACCAAAACCAGUACAAACAUUUAAUGGCAAGAAUUAUGUAAUGGAACAAUCGCUUUUUGCAGAUUAUGCGCUUGUAAAGGCUAAGAAAGCCGAUCCAUAUGGAAAUUUAGUUUUUUAUAAAUCGGCAAGAAAUUUUAAUCCCGCAAUGUGUCGUGCUGCCAAAGUAACGAUUGCAGAAGUUGAGGAAAUUGUGCCAGUGGGUGCUCUAGAUCCCGAUCAAAUACAUGUACCUGGAAUAUUUGUUGAUCGCAUAUAUCAGGGGACCAAUUACAGCAAGCGUAUUGAAAGACUGCGUGUUACGGAAGAGAAUAGUGGUGGAGAAAAUGUCAAACCGAAUCCAGCUCACGAAAUACGUCAUCGUAUUGCUAGACGUGUUGCAAUGGAGUUUCGUGAUGGUAUGUACGCAAAUUUGGGCAUUGGCAUACCAGUGCUUUCUUCAAAUUACUUGCCAAAGGGUGUUAAUGUGAUGCUGCAGUCAGAGAAUGGUAUUUUGGGAUUGGGACCAUUCCCAAAAAAACAUGAAGUCGAUCACGACUUAAUUAACGCAGGCAAAGAAACAGUUACUGUUAUUCCAGGAGCUUCAUUUUUCGGUUCAGAUGAAGGUUUUGCGAUGAUACGAGGAGGUCACAUGGAUUUAACUAUCUUAGGUGCUAUGGAAGUAUCUGCAAAGGGUGAUUUGGCAAAUUGGAUGAUACCUGGUAAAUUGGUAAAAGGAAUGGGUGGUGCAAUGGAUCUGGUUGCUGCCCCUGGUACUAAGGUUGUUGUAACAAUGGAACAUAAUGCCCGAGAUGGAUCGCCUAAAAUAUUAGACAACUGCUCAUUGCCUUUGACAGGAAAAGAAGUUAUCGAUUUGAUUAUUUCCGAAAAGGCUGUUUUUGAAGUUGAAAAAGGUGUUGGCCUUACAUUAAUUGAAGUCGCAGAAGGUUACACAGUCGAUGAUGUGAUUGCUUGUACGGGUGCCAAAUUCAAGGUGUCACCUAAUUUGAAGAAAAUGACUCAAGCUGAAGUAGCCUAGAAUAAUGGCAGUGGAACAAUGCGCUUUAAUAUUACUAAGUCGUUGUAAAUGUAAAAAACUCGUAAAAAAUGUAAAUGUGAAGUAAUCAAAAUGUUUAGAACUAUAUUUAAUAAGAGUCCAAAGUGAUAUUUUGUGCAUUUAUUUAACAAAAAAUAAAAACGAAUAUAAUUCAUCAAUGUAUUAAGAAUAGCAAUUUUAUUGUAGAAUAAAUAGAAACUUUAAUUAUAGAAGUAUAUAAAAAUAUCUAACUGUAUGCAUAAGUUAAUGCAUACAUACUCGUAUAAACUUAAAUGUAUCUUUAAUCGUGUUAUAGUAAAAUACAGAAUGAAGAAGUAGUAACUGACCAAAUCAUCCAUAUUUAUGCGCCAUAUUGAUUUAAGCAUACGUAUGCUUUCUAAUCGCACUUUUUUCCAUUAGUUCAUCUCAGACGGCAAUUUUCUAUAAUUGUGGAA